ACUGUUUGCCUUGCUUUUGCAACGCUACUUUAAUGCAAGGCUACUAGAUUGUUUGGCGCGACUCUUGAAUGUGUUCGAGAUUUACAAGAGUUGAGUAUCGGAGUCAUGCGCAGUCACAGAUUCUCGUUUCAUGCGCGAUGAAAUUUAUGAUCGCUAAAAGUGCGAGGGCCAAGGGAGGUACUUAUAGGCGCAAGUGCCUGCGGUACGUAGAAGGUACUUCUCGAAGUACCUCGACUGCCAUUGGUGCCAGAUGAGCUGGUGGUGAAAACAACGACAACAAUCGCACUUCAGGAUCUAUGGCGCAUACGCCAAAGGGUUUUCCACUGUAUUCAAUUUCAUGCAUCUGCUGAUUACAGAACUUGCAAAAUG